AUGGGGAAAAGAAGCGGAAGUGGAAGCGGCCCCAAGCCGGAGCCGGAAGAAUCUCACGGCGCACCGGCCGACCUUCCGCAAGAGCUGAUCCCCUUCGACCCGGCGCCGCCGACAUAUGAAGAAUCACGGUCAGGGCCGUCGGAUUCGGCCUCCCUUUCCGUCUCCCAUUCGCAUUCGCUCUCUGCCUCUGCCUCUGCCUCAGCCUCGGCCUCGGCAUCAACACCGCAGCCGCCGGCUGGAACCUCGGCCCUGGCCCCAACCGUUACAUCACCGUUUAAUUUCCCUACCGAUGGCAAGGGCAAAGACAAGGGCAAAGACGGCUUCGUGACUGCUCCUCCGCCCGUCUACAAGGUCGGGUCAUCCAGUAGCAGUUCCACAGCCGCCCGAACCAUUGCCUUUCCUCAGAUCAAACCCGAUCCAGACUCGCCUUUCCUGGUGGCAUAUGCGCCUGUUCUUCUUGGCUAUGGAAUUACCGAGGAGACAUGGCGGUCUUUUAUGACUACCAUCUCAGCCUUCCUGACGGCCACCAUAUCAGAUCGCGCCCUGUCCCAUGCCACCGAUGUAGCCGCUCACAUUGGCCAGAACCCCAAAAACUUGGGCAGAAACGUUGCUGCCCACGCCAAGUCCAUCGGCAGGAACGUGUCGGACAAUGCCAAACGGGGCAACAUCAUAGGCGCUGCCAUGGGCCUCAUCGGCGGCACCAUUUCCCUGCCAAUAUCAACCGCCCUCGGCGUCGUGGGCACCACUCUUUCGCUCCCUGGCCAGGCCAUUGGUGCCGUGACCAAGAGGCCGAGAACCCCUCAUGAGAGAGCCGCAACGUAUGCGGCCGUGGCAAAUCAGGAGUGGUUGCACAUGCGCGGCUUGCACGCACAUCUGUUUGAUUCCGCUGGACUGGCUCACCAUUUGGGAAUGCCGCUGGAUACUUUGUUAAGCUUAGCCUGGGAGACCAAGGAGAGCGACGCCGGCAGACAGAUGAGGGCACUGGAGCCGCAUAUCGCCGGGCUCGAUGUGGACGAGGGGGCGAGUUUGCAGCUCAAGACUCAGACGUUGUGGUUGGUGCUAAUGCCUGGAAAGGAAUCCUCUUCAAGUUGA